UGUUAAUGCAGACCAACGGAGACAGCGCGCAGAAGUAUAAAUGCACAGCUGCGCGCAUUGCCUGCGCCGUGAGUUGCGCCGGUCACUUGACGCAGAAGUAUAAACCAGGCUUAACUCCCGCAACCUCCUGCAAAUAAUCUCAGUCUCGCCGGGAAUGACUAAUCUCAAUAUGGGAUGUCUGAUAUCACCACAUGGUGGUUACCUUUGUCAAGUACCACAAUACGUAGUUACGUCCUCAAAUGCCAGUGCAAACUGUACUGUGCCAAAAGGAAGCCCUAUGUUAACUGUGUCCAGAAGCGACAUUGACUUUUCUGGGCUCGGAGGCAUGUGGGAUGGACCAUCACACAGUGUAAACGUAUACUGUGGUCAGAUGAAUCAGUAUUUUAGAUUUUUAGGGGAGAAAUGGACGUUGUGUGCUCUGCACCAAAAAGAAAAGGAUCAUCCAGACGGUUACUGGUAACAAGUCUGAAAGCCAGGCUCUGUCAUGGUAUGUGGUUGAGUCUGCGCCCUUGGCAAAGUUAGCUUGCACUUCUGUGAUGCACUAUUAAUGCUGAACAGUACAAAAAGAUUUUGGAGCACAAUAUGCUGCCUUAUUUCCCAGGGCUUAAUUUGUUCCGGAACAAGCCGAAUCCGGAUCCGGCACCUCAUUUUACAGACUGCCCACCCCACUCGUCACUUUCUUUUGCGACUCCCUAACUCUCUUCACUUUCGUCCUCCACACACCCCCCCCCCCCCCAUUAAAUUUUGUCCACAACACUCCUUCGCACCGCUCUUCACUUUCGUCCGUUACCCCGAUCUGUUCCAGGGUUUUGCAAUUUACAAAUUAAGCACUGGGGACGGCCAUGCAUAUUCCAACAAGACAAUGCAAAACCACACUCUGCACACAUUACAAAGUCCUGCUGCGGAGGAAGAGGAUACAGGUAGUUUACUGGCCUGCCUGCAGUCCCGACCUGUCUCCAAUAGAGAAUGUGUGGCACAUUUUGAAGCACAAAAUGUGACAAUGAAGACCUCGUACUGUUGCCCAGAUUAAGACUUGUUUGCAGGAAGAAUGGGACAAAAUCACACGUGAAACACUUCAGCACUUCGUGUCGUCAGUCCCUAAACGCCUUUAAAGUGUUGUGAAAAAGAAUUGCAACAUUGUAAAGUGGUAAAUGCUUUACUGAUAGGACUCUUUCGAAAUGUGUUGCAAGAAUCAAAAUUGGCAUACGUGUUUAUUUUGAGAGAAAAAAACGAUACAAAUCAUGAGGAACACUCUAAUCGAUCACUACUAUCUUAUUUUAUUUGCGUUUCCAUACUGUCCAAACCUUUUCUGAUUUAGAGUUGUCGAUAUUUAUAUGUUCUAUGUUUGUAUCACAUAUACAUAUUAAAUAUAUAUAAUGAUAUGUACAUAUUUUGUCAAACUUUGCUGGAGGAACAAGUUGAAAAUAAAGCUCUUUGUGUUCUUUAAAACAUAAAUAAAAUAAAGUGGAUUAGAUGUCAGACAUGUUUUCAUGAAGCAACACACACAUUUCUCAUUCAGUACUUUAUGUAACUGCUUAAAACAAGACUGUUUAAAUAAAUGCAUGUAAAGUGGGUCUUUAUUAUUACUUUGUUUGAUAAAAUACACAAAACAAUACAGUUGCAUGAAAAGGAUUUCACUGUUAUAAAUGCACUAAUUUGAAAGCAUCAGCUGAGGUAUCUGAUUUCAGUUGUCAAAAGUGUAAUUAAUAAAUUAUUUCAAAUCAAACAUCGUUGUGCAAAGAAACUGUUUCUACGUGACCAUGCAACAUUACAUAGAGUUUACUUUGGUCGUUUUUUAGCUUACUGUAUGUAUCGGGUUCCACCAUUGGUGGUGCUCGAGCACCAGAACCCAGUGACGAACAUCCGAGUCGAGGAAGAGAAGAAGAAGAGCGCGGCGAAAGUAUAAACAAGUGAAACAGCCGUCUGCUUUAUUUAUUGCUUUAUGACAGUGUAACUGAACAAGAAGCAAACAGGAGGAAUUACUGCAGGAGAAACAACUGACAUACUAUAGGAAAGAUGGAGAUUAAGGAGGAACCCUGCAGAAUAAAAGAUGAAGAGACGGAGGAACUAAUAGACCAGACAGAGGUGAAUGAAGACAAACAGCAUCUGUUUAAUAAUCCGGAAGGAUUCUCAGGUGAAAACCCACAAAUAAAAACCGAACCGAACGCAAAGAAACGAGACCGAACAAUUGGAGCCAAAGGAUCUUUCACCUGCUCUGAAUGCGGAAAGGUUUUCAGAAUCGAAUCAUGGCUUAAACGACACACACUGAUGGUGCACAAUGGAGAAACACUGUUAACAUGCAGUCCGUGUGGGAAGAGUUUCAUAAACGAAGCCAAGCUGGACAAACACCUGAAGAGUCACACUAGAAACCGAUCAUUUACCUGCACUGAGUGUGGGAAGAUCUUCAAAAGUGAAGACAAGUUAAACAACCACGUGAGGAUUCACGAUAAAGAAAGACCCUUCAGCUGCUCUGUGUGUGGAAAGAGCUUCAAGACUGAACACAACUUAAGCCAGCAUCAGCGCGUUUACUGUGACGUGAAGCCGUUGAGCUGUGAUCAGUGCCAUAAAACAUUUCUCUCCAGAUCACUGCUGAAAUUACACCUGGUAGUUCACUCUGGAGAGAGACCUUACGUUUGCUCUCUGUGUGGAAAGAGUUUCUUAUAUCUGAAUAGGUUAAAUGCGCACGAGCGUAAUCAUGCUGAAGUGAAGCCUCACGUUUGCUCUCUGUGUGGAAAGAGUUUCUUAUAUAUGAAUAGGUUAAAGGAGCACGAGCUCAUUCAUAGUGGAGUGAGAUCUCAUGUGUGUCCACACUGCGGGAAGAGCUUUAGUACGAAGAGGAACUUAAAAAAGCACCAGAGUGUUCACGUUGAGGUGAAUCCGUUCUCCUGCACUCACUGCGGAAAGACGUUCAGGAAUAAAAGAUCUGUUCAAAAUCAUCUGAUCGCUCACGCUGGAGUGAAGUCGUUCAGCUGUGAUCAGUGCGAUAAAUCAUUUAUCCGUGCAUCAUACUUAAACCGACACCUUAAAGUUCACGCUGGACUCAAGCCUCAUGUUUGCUCUACUUGUGGUAGGAGUUUUUCAAUCCUGCAGUGUUUAAAGCGCCAUCAGCUGGUUCACACCGGAGAGAGACCUCAUUCGUGUUCAGACUGCGGGAAGAGCUUCAGGACAUCGAACUACUUAAGAAAACACCAGCGGAUCCACACCGGAGAGAAACCCUACUCUUGCGCUCAGUGUGGAAAGAGUUUCAGAUGUACAAAGAAUCUAAAACUGCAUCAGCGCUCUCAUUCUGGAGAGAAGCCGUUCAGCUGUGAUCAGUGCCAUAAAACCUUUGCUUGUCCAUCAAACCUAAGUAAGCACCUGAAAGCUCAUGCUGCAGGACGGGUGUGCUCAGACUGCGGCCAGAGCUUUCGUACAUCAGCCGAAUUAAAGACGCACCAGAGGAUUCACACUGGAGAGAAACCGUAUCAGUGUUCACUCUGUGGGAACAGAUACGCUCUUUCAGGAAGCCUGAAACUUCAUGAGAGAGUUCAUCGUAAAGAAGAGCUGCAACAGUGCUCGUCCAGCGGAUAGUUUCAUACUGGCUGACGGCUGAAGGUCUGGGAGUUUUUAACACUUUUUAAAACUUUUUUUUUUUUUGGAACUUUUAUCACAAUAAAUGAUCAAGGACUGCCCACUAUGUUACAGGUUGUUUUUAAUCACGUGGUUCUGGUGAGGUGCGAAAGUCAGAUGGAGGGCAGGAAGUAAAAAAAAAUGAAUGGGAGACAGAAAGGAAAGUCUGUAUUUUUGCCAUUUAUACCAUAUUUCAAAGGCAGUCCAGGCUCAUUCUGAAAACGUAGUCCUGUGGAUGUUUCUGGAGACCCGGGAGGCAUCUCAAAUGUCUCUCGCGAGUGCCAUUCGCGCCCGCGCUGUUCUCACGUGAACCCACCAGAGGCCACUGUUGAGUGAUUUUAAGGUUACUAACUCAUAUUUAAGGCUAUUAACUCAUAUUUUAGGGUAUUAACCCAAUAUUUAAGGUUAUUAACUCAUAUUUUAAGGUUAUUAACUCAUAUCUAAGGCUAUUAACUCAUUUUAAGGUUAUUAACUCAUAUUUUAAGGUUAUUAACUCACAUUUCAAGGUUAUAAACUCAUAUUUUAAGGAUAUUAACUCAUAUUGUAAGCUUAUUAACUCAUAUUUAAAGGUUAUUAACUCAUAUUUUAAGGUUAUUAACCCAUAAUUUAAGGUUAUUAACUCAUAUCUAAGGCUAUUAACUCUUUUUAAGGUUAUUAACCCAUAUUUUAAAGUUAUUAACGCAUAUUUUAAGGUUAUUAAGCCAUAUUAUAAGGUUAUUAUUUUUAACUCGCAUUUCAAGGUUAUGAACUCCUAAUUAAAGGAUAUUAACUCAUAUUUUAAGCUUAUUAACUCAUAUUUUAAGGCUAUGAACUCUUAUUUUUAGGUUAUUAACUCACAUUUAAGGCUAUGAACUCAUAUUUAAAGGAUAUUAACUCAUAUUUUAAGGUUAUUAACUCACAUUUUAAGGCUAUGAACUCAUAUUUUAAGGAUAUUAACUCACAUUUUAAGACUUUGAACUCAUAUUUAAAGGAUAUUAACUCAUAUUCUAAGCUUAUUAACUCAUAUUUUAAGGCUUUGAACUCAUUUUAAGGUUGUUAACUCAUAUUUAGGGCUAUUAACUCAUAUUUUAAGGUUAAUAUCUCAUAUUAUAAGGUUAUUAUCUCAUAUUAUAAGGUUAUUAUCUCAUAUUAUAAGGCUAUUAACUCACAUUUUAAGGUUAUUAACUCAUAUUUUAUGGUUAUUAACUCAUAUUUUAAGGCUAUGAACUCGUAUUUUAAAGUUUUGAACUUGCUUUAAGUUUAUGGGUUUUGUCGAUCUUCUAAAUGACUUUGAAUAGUAUUUAAGCCUUGCUGAUUAGUGAUUGCUGUUAUUUAAUACUGUUCAUCUUGCACCUUUUCAGUCUAAUGAUAAAUAUGCAAGACUCUUUAGCAGCUAUUAAAGUAAAACAAUCAGA